CCGAGUGAAAUAACCCUAGUUUUUAUUCAACAGUGUAACCUGUCUCUCCACUUCCCUCCACCUCCAGUAAGCAGCUAGCUAUGGCUCUCCAAUGACCACGUUCACCAACUCGCCGAGUCGACUCACGCUUCCCCCCUACCAAUCAACCCCCUUCAAUCCCCAGAUCUCUGAAAACCCGCAAAAGUCCCAAACUUUACCAUCUUCUUCUUCUGCAAUCCCACAUGACCUCCCCAUAGCUCGAAAUGUUAAAGCCCCUCCAAACCCUCCACGUCCAUACCCUCCGCUCUCUAUUGGGUUCCGACCAUUUUCUCAAAUUCUCAACAAGAACCAGGCUUUUCUCCGAACCCGCUCAACCCUCCAAACCUUUCCAGGACUUGGUCGCCAGAAUCUGCGACAUUUUGAGCGACCCCCAAUGGGAACGGAGCUCGGAGCUCAACUGGCUCGGACCCGAGCUCAGAACCCAUCACGUGUCGAAGAUCAUCGAGUCCCACCGUAACACUGACUCAGCGUUGAGAUUCUUCUACUGGGUUUCUAAGAAGCAUUUUUACAAACACGAUAUGGGCUGCUUCUCGUCAAUGCUUAAUCGGCUUGUGAGGGAGCGGCUUUUUGCGCCUGCAGACCGUGUGAGGAUUUUGAUGAUCAAAGCUUGUAGGAAGGAGGAAGAGCUCAAAUGGGUAAUUGAGUAUUUGAAUGAUUUGAAUGGACUUGGUUUUCAGUUCACAUUGUUUAGUUUUAAUACACUUUUGAUACAAUUGGGAAAGUUCGAGAUGGUUAGUGUAGCUCGAAAUGUUUAUACUCAGAUGCUUAAUAGUGGGAUUAGACCAAGUUUGUUGACAUUUAAUACAAUGAUCAAUAUAUUGUGUAAGAAGGGCAGGGUUCAGGAAGCAGAGGUGAUUUUUAGCCGGAUUUUUCAGUUCGAUAUGUUCCCAGAUGUUUUUACUUAUACAUCGUUGAUUCUUGGGCAUUGUAGAAAUCGUAAGGUGAAUUUGGCAUUUGACGUUUAUGAUCAGAUGGUGAAGGCAGGUUGUGACCCCAAUUCGGUUACGUAUUCAACUCUUAUCAAUGGGCUAUGCAAUGAGGGAAGGGUGGAUGAGGCACUGGAUAUGCUUGAUGAAAUGGUAGAGAAAGGGAUUGAACCCACAGUAUUUACUUACACUGUCCCAAUUACUUCACUAUGUGAGGCCAAUCGACUGGUGGAAGCAAUUGGGCUUUUCAGAAGUAUGAGGAGCAGGGGUUGCCAUCCUAACGUUCAUACUUAUACAGCAUUGAUCAGCGGGUUAUCUCAGAUAGGAAAACUCAAUGUUGCUGUUGGACUCUAUCACAAACUUGUGAAGGACGGUUUGGUCCCAAACACGGUUACCUUCAAUACAUUGAUAAAUGAAUUAUGUGAGACAGGAAGAUAUGGCAUGGCUCUGAAGAUUUUUUAUUGGAUGGAAAGACAUGGUACCGUAUCAAAUACCCAAACACACAACGGAAUCAUCAAGGUUUUCUGUUUGAUGGGUAACAUUAAUAAGGCAAUGACGCUUUUAAGCAAAAUGCUGAAAGUGGGACCCUCUCCAAAUGUGAUAACUUAUAACACACUUAUCAAUGCAUACCUUGAUGGGGGUAAAUUAAACAAUGCAGUGAGGUUAUUGGAUUUGAUGAAAUGGAGUGGAUGUGAACCAGAUGAAUGGACUUAUACUGAACUUAUUUCUGGGUUAUGCAAGGCGGGUAAGUCUGAAGAUGCAUCCACUAUUUUCCAUGAGAUGGUAGAACAAGGCAUUCUUCCCAAUCAGGUCACUUACACUGCUUUGAUUGCUGGAUAUUGUGCGGAGGGGAAGGUAGAUGCUGCAUUGGCAUUAUUUGAGCGGAUGGAGGAGGAUGGUUGCUGUCCGGGUAUUGAAACCUACAAUACCAUUAUAAGUGGUUUGUGCAAUGAUAAUCAGAUUGAAAAAGCUAAAAAAUUAUGUACGAAGAUGGGGGAGCAAGGACCGGCUCCAAAUGUCAUUACGUACACAUCUCUAAUUAGGUGCCUCUGUGGGAAUGGCAGUACUGACGUUGCAUUCCAAAUCUACCAUGAAAUGGGAAAGCAGGGUUGCUUGCCGAACUUGUAUACAUAUAGUUCACUCAUUUUUGGGUUAUGUCGUGAGGGUAAGGCUGAUGAUGCUGAGAGGUUACUUAAAGAAAUGGAGAGGAAAGGAUUGGUUCCUGAUGAGGUAACAUAUACCACACUCAUUGAUGGAUUUGUUAUGCUUGGCAAGCUAGAUCAUGCGUUUCUACUCCUUAGGCGAAUGGUUGAUGUUGGCUGCAAGCCCAACUACCGAACUUAUUCUGUGUUGGUCAAGGGGUUGCAAAGGGAAAGCCAGUUGCUGACAGAGAAUGUUGUGGGCCUUGAGUCCCAACAUGAAGAAACGUAUAGUUGCAGCUCUGAUGAGAGCUAUACCUUUUUUGAGGUGUUGUGUAAUCUCUUAGCUAGGAUGUCAGAGUAUGGAUGUGAACCAACUGUUCAUACCUAUGAUAUUUUAGUGAGAGGCUUGUGCAGAGAUGGCAGAUAUUAUGAGGCGGAUCAGUUGCUGCAGCAUAUGAAAGAUAAAGGGUUCUGCCCCACUAAUAAGAUUUAUCUGUCUCUAUUCUUUGUUUAUUGUACAAAUUUGAAAGUGGAUUCUGCGCUGGAAAUUUUUGGUUUGAUGGCAGAUAGAGGAUUUGAGGUUCACUUAUCAUCUUAUAAGGCACUUAUUAGUGUCCUCUGCAGGGUGAGUCGAGUGGAAGAAGCUGAAACAUUAUUCAGAAGGAUGCUAGAGAAACAAUGGAAUACUGAUGAGAUUGUUUGGACUGUGUUAAUUGAUGGCUUACUGAAGGAAGGGAAUUCAGAUUUAUGCAUGAAGUUUCUUCAUGUUAUUGAAUCUGAAAAAUGCAGUAUCAGUACCCAGACGUAUAUUAUUUUGGCCAGAGAACUUUCUAAAAUAAACGAUACUGUGGUGACUUCUCAAAUUGUUAACAAAGAUUUGAAGGAUGUACAUUGAUCAUGGUUUCUUUAUACACAUGGAGGCAAAGAAAAUUCAUUAUCUAGAUUCAUUUAUCAACUAAUGAGAAAUGGCACUGUUUUUGGCUUGAGGUGUAUAUAUUCCUAUGUUGUGACUACUUUGCAGCUUGACCAUGCAAUUCAUGAAGUGACAAGUCAUUUUCAGAAGAUAAACUGAAUUCUCGUCUGCAUGAAGCAGAUUCCUUAGGAAGACAUAUAGGUGGUGCAGUUUCAAUGUUCCAUGGUCGAAAGUUUCCUCUUUCUUCAGAAAUAUUGGGCAAGAAGAUGUUAAGUGGAAGAAUUAGCUGCUACCUCCCUCCUACUUCUGGCGGUUGUGGAAGAAUUUCCGGCAUCUUAUGUUUGAUGCGAGGAUGGGAAGGUUAUGCAGCUGCUGGGUCUCCUCAUCUCUCCUAAACUUCCCCCAGUCUCCGGCACCAGCUAUAUGAGGCAGAAACCCGCCCCACUCCUACAAAUGGCUCGGAGGCUGAGCCUUGUACUUUCGGCCUUGUACUAGGCGACUUUGGUUCCCAAAUGUACUACGGUUCAAUCCGAGUUGCCAAUCGUAUCAUGCAACUGAGAAACAGUUUGUAAAAGUCUAAUUGAAUCUGCAGUGGCUGAAAUCAGAAUCAAGUGUCAGCAAUCUGAUUGCUAUUUUCCAA